UUGUAAUGACUUACAAAUAACAUUAUUACUUGCAUUUGCAAAAUUUUUAAGAACAAAAAAUCUCAAAAUAUGUCUCUUCUAGCUUUAGACAAGUGGGCCAAAUUGGUAACAAUUAUUUCGCAGAAUGGAGGCAUUUUCAAGUCUAUUUACAAGUUAUGGAGGUUUGAUACCUUGAAGUGGAAUGGUAAGUUGGUGGGCACCGAUUCCCUGGGCAACAAGUACUACGAGAAUCCUUACUACAUGCUCGGGCGCUCGCGCUGGGUUGAAUACAACGACUAUGUGAGAUGGGACUAUGACGCCACCCAGAUUACGCCCGAGUGGUACGGCUGGCUGCACUACAAGACCGACCGCUUGCCUCACGAGGAUCCGGCCAAGUACUGCAUCAGCUGCUGCGCCUGGUACCAGAAGUGGAUGCUGCCACCCGAGGAGAACCUUUCGGGAACGGAACUUGCUUACUACCCUUACAGCACUGUGCGGCAACACAUACAAGUCUGGGAUGGUAAAUCAGUUUGCAGUCGACCGACACCCUGCGUCUGUAAAUAAAAUAAACGUAAAUUCCAAUUUUGUAAAAAAUCUUUAUUUUUCCAUCUCAAUAUGAAAAUAAAAUAAAAUUUCACUUAAGUAAUAACGUAUAUUCUUUUCUGUUUUUGCAAGUUUGGGUAUUCAUUCA